AAGAGAUUUAUAAAUUACCUUGAUUUCCUAAAAGCCGGAUUAAAAUUUUGCCAAUAAUUAUAAACAAUAAUAAAUUAAAACUUCUUAAGAUUCUCAAACUUAGUAUCCCAUACAUUGAACAAUUCAACAAAUUAAGUCAUGACAGUCAAAUUUGUGCCAAUAAAAGUGUCAUUGCCCAUAUUAGUCACAUCAGGGAUCAUUAUACUCCUAAGCCUGGUACUUUGUUGCUAUUUAAAGAGUCUCCAAAAAAAGAUUCGGGUUGAACAGGGUUACAAAAUAUCGUCUUAUAAGCCCAGAAAAUCAGCAUCUUGCGAAGCCUGUGCCAUAUGUCUCGACGAUUUCCAACCUAUGGAAAAAAUCGUUGUUUCUAGAUGUCAACAUUCUUUCCAUAACAAAUGCCUGGAGAGAUGGCUUGAAGUCAAAAAUUCUUGCCCUAUAUGCUUAGCCCCCAUCAAAAAGAUAACGACCCAGGAUGAUGCUACGCUUACUCCUAAUUGUUCUGUCAUCGUUAUUACAUCCUCAAAUACUGCAACAUUAGACCACGUGAUCAAUAAUCAUAUUCAUCCUAUCAACACUUGUCAAAUGAAUAAUAAUAUGACUUGUUCAAAUGGCAGGAACUUGAGUCCUGUCACCAUUACUUCAAUUCUCUUCAACUCGAACGAAUCAAAGAGUUGUCAGACGAAUGAUAAUGUUAUCAACAUUAUGGACAGUGCCAAUGUUACGAGCAACGGAAGCGGAAGAAAUUUGGCCAACGAUUUACCUCUCCCCAAUGUUAAUAAUAUACAAAUUUUCACUCCUUCUCAAUAUCCUCAGCAGGCAAGCAAAAUCAUUAAUAACAGUUUUUCUCCUUCAUCAUCUAAUAUUAAAUCUGCCAACAUAGUCUAUCACGUGUCUACGUCUAAUGAUUUAGCUAUAAGCCCCGAAAAACUUGUCUCAAAGAGCCAAAACGUCAUGUCAUUCAAUCUCAACGAUAAACAUUUAUUGUACCCAGUGUUAACCGAUCGACAAGCAUCAUCUGACGUUUUGGGGAUUCGUGAUAACAAAUACAAAGGUUUUUAUUUUUCGUCCUCGACUAAAAAUAACAAUUCCACGACCAAGUACCAAAAACACGACAAAGGUGUAUUACUCAUGCACAAUGAAGAUUUUUUAGAAGCAAAAAAUGAAAAUUCGAUCCCAAAAAACGGCAAUGAUUUUUUUCGUAUUUCUUCUCAGCCCAAUUUUAUGGAUGUUUAUCAAUACUCCGAAGUGGCCCAAUCCUCGUCCUCGCCUUUCUCCGUAUCAUCCUAUGAUUUUACUCAAAAAUUACCCGAAAUAUAAAUUUGCAAACUUGAGAUUUCCUUUAAUAUUUCCUAUUUUUUAUCCUAGUCCUUAGAUUUUUUUUGCACUUAACUGGAUCUGCUCAGUUUCCCAUUAUAUAUAUUUUUAAUUUGAAAAUAAGAAUAUCCAAAACCACAAACCUCUCCCUUCAUUCUCCCUCCUACCCAAAUUCAAGUUUACAAGUUGAUCUCAUUUCUCAUAACUAAUUAAGAGGUAAUAAAACAAAACAAUUAACUAAAAUGAAAACUAAAACUACUAAUAAUUUUUUUUAUAUAUUAACAUUUUAUUUAUAAUCAAAAAUUAACAAAGUGGUAUGCUCAAUUUAAAAAAACGAAUAUCCCAUUUUUCACCGUUUUCUGAUGAAUAAGACAAUUAUAUUUAUAAACGCUAAAGGAAUAUGACUAAUUGAAUUAUUAAAUUUUGUUUGUAUUUAACAAUUGAACGAUGAGUUGUUAAAUUUAUAAUAUAUGUACUUACUAUACUAUACAAUACAUUAUUUAUAUGCUAUCAUAAAUUAUAAAAUCAAUAUAUUCAGUAUUAUAACGUUACAACUUACAAUAAAACAAAACAUCAUUACAGUGACCACCUUAGCUCUGCCAUGAUUGCAAUUACAGGGUAUUUCAUUGGAGGAACCUCGCCGAUUUACCAAAUUCUGUAAAUGAGAUCCAAUAAAAAUGCUCACUUUAUUGAGAUAGAUGCUAAAUAGUUACUGUUGAUGAUUUUAUUGUGAAUUAUCUCGUUUACUCGUUAUUUAUGUUUGUAGUCUUUUUUUUUAAUUAAUAUUAUUAUUAUGCUUAAUUUAAACAUUAUAAAGCGUUUGUCAUUAUUUAA